GCGCGCCAGGCUCGCGGCGAAGCACAGGGGCGCCCGGCGAGGGUGCGGGAGUCUGCGCGACCGCGGGGAGCCCGGGUCGGCACGUGCAGCGGCGGCUCGUCUCCGCCCCCCGCCCCCGCCCCCGCGCCCGGGGCGGAGGCGCCGACCCCGGCGGAUCCGGGCGGAGGCGCCAGCCGCCGAGGGAGGGGCGCGCCCAGGGUCGGUCCGCGGCCCGGCGCGGCGCCGUCCCGUGUCUCCCCGGCGAGGGUGGGCAGGGCUGUCCGGCUUCGGGGCAAGAGCAGGGCCGCCCCGCGCCCGCCGCCCCGCGGAGCCCGGCCCCGGGCCCCACCCCGCCGGGCUGCGCGCCGGCCGGCCGGGGACGCGAAGCAGCCCCGGGGAAUGAGGCGGCCGCGGCCCCUGGCGCCCCUCCGCGUGUGCGCCGCGCCCCUCGCCCGCCUGCCCCGCGGCCCGCCCCCAUGGCGGCCCGCUGGUUCAAGGAGUUCCCGCUGAACCUGAAGACGGCGUCCGAGCGCGCCCGGCCCGGUGGCGGCGGCGGCCGACUGCGCAAGAACUCGGAGGCGGGCGGCGCGGGGCCGGCCCCGGGCAAGGGCCGCAAGAGCUCGGCGGCCGAGCUGGGGAGCGGCAGGGCCGGCGUCGGCGCCGCCAGGGACAGCCGGCCGCCCCGCGACAGCCUGCAGGGCCUGAUCCAGGCGGCCGCGGGCAAGGGCCGCAAGAACUCGCGGGCCGCCGAGGACGAGCCGCACCGGGGCGUGGCCAGGAGCGCGGGCUGCCGCACCUACAUCAGCAGGCUCAUCAAGGUGGACACUCAGGAGAAGAACGGCAAGACCAGCUCCAGCGCCAGCAGCACGAGCAGCUCCUCGUCCGCGUCCUCCGCGUCCUCCUCGCCCGCCUCGCUGGGCCCCGAACUGGACAAGGGCAAGGCGGUGAAGCAGCCAGACACGGUCAUCAUUUUAGAAGACUAUGCUGACCCUUAUGAUGCCAAAAGGACGAAAGGUCAAAGGGACGCAGAGAGAGCAGGAGAGAAUGAUGGCUACAUGGAGCCCUAUGACGCGCAGCAAAUGAUAACAGAAAUCCGACGCCGAGGCUCUAAGGAUCCGCUGGUGAAGGCUCUUCAGCUGCUCGACAGCCCCUGUGAGCCGGGCGAGAACAGCACGAAGACGGAGGCUGCGGCCAAGAGACGCAGCUCCAGGGACCUCCUGGGGAAGCCCCCCCAGCUGUACGACACGCCCUACGAGCCUGGGGACGGGGCCCCCGAGCGGAGGGCGCGGCUGCCCGCGGAGGACGAGCGGCCAGCGGCCGAGUACGAGCAGCCGUGGGAGUGGAAGAAGGAGCAGAUUGCUCGGGCGCUGUCGGUUCAGUUUGAAGGCUCUGACCGGCCUUCCCUCAAGGAGGACGCAGUGAAGCAGCACCAACGGCCGAGGAGCCGGACGCAGAAGAUCCCGAAGCCGGCCGUCCCGGACCACAGCGAGGGGGAGAAGGUGGACCCGGCCCUGCCACUGGCGAAGCAGCCUUGGUAUCACGGUGCCAUCACCCGAGCGGAGGCCGAGAGCCGACUGCAGCCCUGCAGAGAAGCUGGUUAUCUGGUUCGAAACAGCGAGUCGGGGAACAGCAAGUACUCUAUCGCACUCAAGACUAGUCAAGGAUGUGUCCACAUCAUAGUGGCCCAGACCAAAGACAACAGGUACACGCUGAAUCAGACGAGCGCGGUCUUCAGCAGCAUCCCCGAGGUGGUACAUUAUUACUCCAACGAGAAGCUGCCCUUCAAGGGGGCAGAACACAUGACCUUACUCUACCCCGUGCACAACAAGGGGCACUAAGGUCCGGCCAGCAAGAGCCCUGGCCAGGCCCCUCCUCCUGAGCAGGCGUCUGCCCCCGACCGGCACUGGGGACGGGGCCGGACCGCCCCACGGUGAUCAGGAGGAAGUGGGAGUCUCCAUCUACAAGGCAGAAUCUUUGGCCUGACAUCCAUUCCGCGACACCUGGUUACGGACCUGUUGCUUUUCUACAAUAAGAAAUCAUACUUUACCCGCUGCCUCCACUCUCCGGAGCAGGUGUUCUGUUUGGGGGUGACUCUCAGGAAAGGUAAGUCAGGAGUCCAGGAAUAUUAAGGCUUUCCAAAAAUGCACUAGGUAUGACCUGGAAUACCUGGUCUCUAAACAAACCAACAGAAAUGCAAUUGGCUUUCAUGUGAGGCAAUAAAAAAUGAUCGUGUGGACCAGAAGAGCGUGUAUCCUGGACCCCUCCUUGGGGAAGAGGACAAAGAGUGGGGAAACACGUGGAUAUGGAUGACUUGGAGAAAGUGUCCUGGUUCAGCUCUGGAGUCCAUGAAAAUUCACGACUCUGACGAGAGUAUUUUGUCGGUCAGCCUUCUAAGAAAGUUUGUUUUCUCAGUCUCUGUGGACUUUUUCAUCAUCUUUAAUAUAAACAUGAACAGGAAGGAAGAUGCCUCUGAUUUAAGAAUCGGCAAUAUAAAUUAAGCAUUGGCAUCAUUAUACUUCUGAAUUGUAGAAUAAAAUAACGAUUUCAUUUCUGAUUUUUUAAAAAUCUGAAAAAUUUGCAAAGCUCAACAACUGUUUUCUUAUUGGAUAAUUAUUCAGAACUUCUGAUGUCUUUGGUUUCACCUUUGAGCAUUUCAGCUGUUAGGGAACGAUUUUUAAUUUGUGUCCCCCAAUUAGAUUUGCUCUGUAUUUUUGGAGUAAAUUUUAAAUAUACUCAUCUCUACCCCUCGGAGCUGAGUGCCUGAACUGGGUCUCAAACCUGCAGUCUGUCUCGUGCAGAGCAGACCAGUUCUCGCUGUACAAAACUGUCUUAAAAGACUGAGGUUUCUCCAACUACUACUGCUUCAGAUAUUAAAUUAAUAUUCAUAGUAUCGUUAUCUUUAUGGUUUGUUGUGAACUUCGAUUGCCAAUUUACUUACUGUGAAAAAAAUAAAUAAAACCCCAUGAGAAUGGCGUUCUGUGAGGAGCCCCCGGUGAGCGGCCUCUGUGGUCUGGGUUAGCUGGCGGCGCCCAGGACGGAUCCAGAUCCAUCAAUGAGAAGUUCACUGUUGUAGCUUCGGUUAUAGACACAAAAAAGGUUGAUUUGGUUAAUUUUUAGGGAAGCCUGUCUUUCUAGUUAUUAGUUACUGUUCUGCUAUUAUGAUUUAGAGGUUAGUAAAUACUUGCUUCUCUAUUCAGUUAAGGCUGUAGCCAGAGGGUUGUGUGAU